AUGGCGUUUGUACGCCGAAGAAAUGUUCACCUUGUCUUGUUCUGCGUAGUCCUAUUGAUGGUCUGGCAGUUCUCGUGCACUAUUUGCGGAACUACGAAUUCGAUUAAUGUGCUGGGCAGUUUUUCAAGAUACCCGUCGAAAGAAACAACGGAGUCGCUGUUCCUGAAUGAGCAACAAUGUAGGGCUACAUUUCCGGGAUUGACAAAGGAGAUUGAUGAUACUGUUGCGAGAGGACCAUUCAUCUUGGACAAGAAGCCCGAUGAUUACCAAGGGUUGGUGCAGGCAAGGAUCAAAGAUGGAAAGGUGCGAUGUGCUGGACCUCGAGAAGAGAGAGCAUCGCUGACUUCGGAGGAAAUUUUAGCUCUACGUCGGCACUUCAAAGUUGCGCGGAUGGGAACUAAUGCUUCGCAGGAACGUCAAUCAGUGCUGUAUCAAAUCCAUCGAGCACUCGUCACGUCUCCAACUCCCCUCCCAGACACGGUCUUUGCAUUCUCAAUCAUAGAUUACCCACGGCAGGACGCAUGGUCCUUUUCGCGAUCGAAUGAUCCAAAUAUCAAAGGAAAUUACUGGGUCAUGCCGCAUUUUAGUUUUUGGUCUUGGCCGAAACCAUUCCUUGGGACUAUGGACCAAGCUCUUGACGGAAUUUCCACCAUCGAGCACAGAAUUCCGUGGGAGAAGAAGAUUGAUAAAGCAAUCUGGAGAGGAACGGCUUGGUUUAAUUCUGUUGGGAAUACAGCUCUGAGACCGAAUUUGCUAGCAGCGACAAAGGACCAGGAUUGGGCAGAUGUAGAGGAUUUGAGAUGGGAGACCAAUGGCAUAAAGGCAAAAAACUCGAUCGGGAUCGAAGACUUUUGCAAGUACAAGUAUAUUAUUUAUACCGAGGGUGUGACUUACUCAGGACGGCUUCCAUUCCAUCAAGCUUGCCGCUCCAUUAUCCUUACUCCACCACCCAGCUACAUGAUGCAUACCACGCAUCAGCUGCGUCCACUCUUCUCCUCCACCCUCCCUUUUUCCCCAUCCUACAACUCCCAGACCGCACCUCCACCCCACAAUCCCCGCUGGCCAGACUCCUAUUCCCCAUCAACAGCAAACAUCAUCUUCGUUGAGCCAGACUGGUCGGAUCUCCACCAGACCAUCGAGUGGCUUCGCGCGCACCCUGAAUUCGCGGAGGGCAUUGCCAACAGACAGAGAGAAAGCACCGUUGAUAAGGGAAUGCUGAGUCCUGCGGCCGAGGUGUGUUAUUGGAGGAGUCUGGUGAGAGGCUGGAACAGCGUGGUGAAGAUUGAUGAGGGGGCAUGGGGGAAAUGGGAGAGGGAAGGCGGAACGAACGGGGAGGGUAUGAGAUUCGAGUCAUUUGCUCUGACGGGCGAAACUACGUGGGAGAGUGUCCAGUAG